AUGACCUCUCAAUCAUUACCUCCACCUUAUUAUAACGACGACAAAAAGUCAUUUGCUUAUCCCACUGUGCACAAGCGUUGGCCAACAAUUCUUGAACAAGGAAUUGACGAUGUUCAACAAACAAUCGACGAUGGCAAUAACGACAAAGAGCAACUAACUACAUCAGGAACAAUCAUUGUUGAUCAAUUGAAACAAGUAUUGAAUGAUUUCAAAAAUGACGCAACUGUACGUCCUUUUACUGAGGAAGAGAUUAAUCAUAACCAAUGGUUACAACAUUUCAAUACAUCUCUUGAUUCUUUAAACCAAGUCAGAAAAGUAACUUGGAAAACCGGUCCAUGGUUGUAUUUGGAAUGUUAUUUAUACCAAUAUAUCCACAAUUUUUUUAUAUUGAGUCAAGAUCCAUUUUGGCACACGUAUGAUAUUUUUGCCAGAUUGAAAACAAAGACAUUUAAACAAUCGGAAUUGGGGGUAUUGGAAUUGUGUAAAAGGUAUCAACUAUUGAGUAAAGAAUUGGACAAGGGCAAAGCUGAUAAUGAAGCAUUGCAAUUGCUUUUCACUGAAUUUAUCGAUAUUUCACUUUGGGGGAAUGCCACCGAUUUAUCAUUAUUGGCGGGUAAUGUUACUUUAGAAGACAUCAAAUCAGUGCAAGGGGCAGAAGUACGCAAAAAGAAUGAAGAAAAGAUUCUUGUCAAUGACUUAUCAACCGCUUGGCAAGAAUCUGGGUUGAAUGAGCCAAAUGGGGUUUCACGAAUUGAUAUCGUGUUGGACAAUUCCGGAUUUGAAUUGUUUGCUGAUUUGAUGCUUAGUUUAUUCCUCUUGGAUCUGGGAUUAACUCAAAAAGUGCAUUUACAUUGUAAAGAAAUCCCCUGGUUUGUUAGUGAUACCAUGCCUAAGGAUUUCCAUGACUUGAUUGAUCAGUUGAAAGAUGCAAAUUUUUUUACCGAAAUUCAUGAAAAGGACUCACAAGCAAUCAAUCUUGUUGCAUCCAAGAUUGAGUCAUAUCAUAAUGCCAAUAAACUCGUUAUUCAACACCAUCCAUUUUGGACAUUGGAUUACAACUACUGGUCAAUUCCUCAGUUUAAAGACUUGUACAGUGACUUGUCUCAAUCGCAAUUGAUCGUAUUCAAAGGUGAUUUAAACUAUAGGAAAUUGACUGGUGAUUUACAAUGGCCCAAGACCACUUCUUUCAAAACGGCAAUUCAACAGUUGGCAACUAGUGGGUUACCAAUUUUGUCGUUGCGUACUUGUAAAGCUGACGUUGUUGUUGGGUUACCUGAUGGGGUCAAUGAAAAGUUGAUCAAGGUGUACAAAGACGCUGGUAAUGAAGUUGGUGAGUUUUGGUCAAGUUCAGGUAAAUGGGCAGUUAUCUCAUUCAACAAGUAG